AGCACUAGCCGUGAAGUUAGCGAAGUUCAGGAAUCCAGUUAGUCUCAGUCAUAAUUUUUGGAAUAUUUUGUUAAACCAAGAGUUUAGUUAUCGUAUUACUAAUUUAAGUCAAGUUUAUUCAGUUCCUAUGUAAAAGUCUUUUUUUUAUUCUGAGUGGUUCUUCGUAAGACAAUGUCAGGCCAGAGCGAUAGUGAUGCAGAUGAACCGAGACGGAGGCAGCAUAGUGACACAAAUGAUUCAGCAAACUCGGGGAGUGGUGUCGAAUCUGGCAGCGAUAAUGGAUCAGCCAGAAGUAAAAGCGCAGGUAGUGAGGCUGGUUCUGCCAGAAGUGGAGGUUCUGGAGGCAGCAGAAGAUCUAGAGGCUCAAGGAAAUAUGUAAGAAGAAAAACAUCCGAUGGAGAUUCAGAUAGUGGCUCUGCUAGUGGUAGAGAAUCUGUCAAAAGCAAAGGAUCUGGUAGGAGCAAAAGCCCGCUGAGCGAUGCUGGUUCUGAUAAGAGUAGAACCUCAGUUCGGAGUAGAAGCCCCCUGAGUGAUGCUGGCUCUGUCAAAAGCAGAGCGUCUGUUCGUAGUAAAAGCCCCGGAAGUGAUGCAGACUCAGUCAAAAGCAGAGCCUCUGUUCGGAGCAGAAGUCCUGAUAGUGAUGGAGGCUCGGUCAAGAGCAGAGCCUCUGUUCGGAGCAGAAGUCCUGAGAGUGAUGCAGGUUCGGUCAAGAGCAGAGCCUCUGUUCGGAGCCGAAGUCCUACAAGCGAUGCAGGCUCAGUUAAAAGCAGAGCCUCUGUUCAUAGCAAAAGUCCUGGGAGUGAUGCAGACUCUGUUAAAAGCCGAGCAUCUGUCAGAAGUAAGAGCCCCAUGAGUGAUGCAGGCUCUGUGAACAGUAAAACUUCUAUCCGAACCAAAAGUCCUGAAAGUGAUGGAGGUUCAAGCAAGAGUGGUGGUUCUGCUGGCAGUAGAAGAUCUGGAAGUUCAAAGAAAUCUGCUAAAAGAAAAACUUUGAAGAUUGAUGAUGAUAGUGAUGGGUCCGUCAAAAGUAAGGACUCGAAGAAAAGUAGCGGCUCAGUGGGUAGUCGUAAAAGCCGUAGAGAAUCAUCUGAGCAGAAGGGCUCUGGUAGUGAAGCUGAGUCAAGUAAAGAGGAAAAAGGUGUAACUGCAGAAGCUUUGUUCGGUGAUGCGGACGAUCUAAGUUCUGAUGACAGUGACAAGAGUGAAAGGGCUAAAAGCAGAGCUAGUGAUGUAGAAAACGAAGAUGCACGUAGCAAUGCAGGUGAAGAUGAAGUACGACCAAGUGGAGAUGAAGGAGACUUUGAUGGUGAACGCUCCCCAGGUAAAGUAGGAAUUCAAGAAGAUGAGGAAGAAGCGGAAGAACAAGUCGAGACAAGGAUCGAUGUCGAUUUGCCAAAAUUGAACUGUGAUCUUGGGAAUGACUUACAUUUUGUCAAAUUGCCCAAUUUUUUAUCUGUCGAAACUAGACCAUUUGAUUCAAAGUACUACGAAGACGAAAUUGAUGAAGAAGAAACUCUAGAUGAAGAGGGUAGAGCGCGCCUUAAACUUAAAGUUGAGAACACCAUUCGCUGGCGUGAAAUUUUUGACAAAGAUCAAAAUCUAAGUAAAGAAAGCAAUGCUAAGUUCGUAACCUGGUCGGAUGGAAGUAUGUCCUUGUACCUUGGAUCGGAAAUUUUUGAUGUAUACAAGCAACCCCUUCAAGGUGACCACAAUCACUUAUUUGUAAGGCAAGGUACUGGUCUUGCAGGCCAAGCUAUUUUUAAAACUAAGCUCACAUUCCGACCACAUUCUACAGAAUCCUUCACGCAUCGCAAAAUGACACUUUCUUUGGCUGAUCGGUCACAGAAAACAUCAGGAGUCAAAAUGUUGUCCUUAGUUGGCCAUGAUCCAGAGCAUAACAGAGAUGAGCUAAUAAAGAAGGAAGAGGAGAGACUCAGAGCCUCGCUCAGGAGGGAAAGUAAACAGAAAAGAGUGAAAGAAAGAGGUGCAUCGCGAGGGCUUAGUGCAAGCUAUCUAGAGCCAGACCGAGAGGAUGGAUCAGAUGAUGAAAAUGCCAUCUCAGUUUCAGCGAUCAAAAAUAAAUUCAAGCAAAAGGCACUGAAUACAAGAAAUAUUUAUUCCUCUGAUGAAGAUGGAUCUGACCUGGAGGUAAGCUCCUCGAAGAAACAUGAUAAAGCUAAAAUUGUAUUUUCUGACGAUGAUGACGAAAAGUCCAGUGCUGGAAGUGCAAGUGGAAGUGAUGAUGAAAAGUCAGCGGGUAGCAAAACUAGUGAGGAAGAAAACGAUGAUUAAUGAGAUUUCUAGCAAGUUCUACCUAGUUGACAGGCAUAGUUCAUAUGAACCCCUCAUGUUCAGUGUAGUCCGUGGAACAUGAAGUGUCUUUCACAGAAUUUUUAUUCCUUGAUUUCCCUCGGAUUUUGUUUAGACAAUUAGGUAUGUCUGGAAGUAGAUAUGCCGAAAGUGGGCUUACAUUAUUAAUUUUUUCCUACCUCUUUAAGAGAAAUCAAUGUUAAUCAUUAUUUAUCAUUGAUAUGUUGGGUUACAAAGACAAUUAGUAAUGACCUAGUCGUAACAUUCUCAGUAACCAAUUUUGUAUUGGCUUUUACAGAUAAGUUGACAUUAUAUUCCCUCAGCAUUUGUAAAAAAGAUUUUUUUAUGUUAUGAAAGCUAAGACAGCCAUUCCCUUCUUUAAACAUUCAGAAAUCAUUUAACACUUUCAGUUCCAAUCAAACAAUUAUUCACAACCUUACCUUUGAAGUUUGUUGUGAUCUAAAAAAUCAGUCUGGAAAAAAAUGUUAGGAUUGUGAAAUUGCAGGCUGGUCCCAUUCCCACAACGUGAAAAAGAGAAGAAAAUGAAGGUCGACCAAUCUGGCAAUUUUUUCCGAACUCAAUGAAAGUGUUGUGCAGAAAAGUCGCCUCCAGUAAUUCUCAAAAUAAGUACAUGCUCUUUCAAAAUUUGAAAACAUUGACAGAUUCUGAUAGCUUGGGUUCCUGUUAUGUUGUUGUCAUUAAUUUUUGACGAAAAGUGAUGUGUUAAAAAUGAAAGUACCUUGUAGCUACAGACAGUGUUCUCUAUGAAUACUUUUUUGGUACUUUUAA